AUAUAUUCACAAUUUGUAGGUAGUACAAGAACUGAAAAAUAAUUUUUGGUUGCCAGUAUACCUGUAGUCGUUGCACUGAUCAGUCGAUAGUUUUGUGAUAAAUUAUUUCUCAAGUGAAUUAAAUUAUUAACCAUGGGACGUGAUUCUAGAAAGGUUUCAAGAGAACUUCGGAGUUCUGAAAAAAUUAAUAAGUCGCGUUCAGUCAAAAGAAAGAAUGUUUUUAAUCCGAAAACAGCCGAACGUGAUGAAAGUAUUCAGAGUACAUCUUCUAAAAAAUUAAAACAAAACACUGAAGAUGAUGUACCUGAAGACAGCAGUACUGAAUUUCGAAUAAUAAAUUUUAUUCAGGUAUUCACUGCAAUUUCUGCUCUUAUAAAAUGUAAAAAAUGUGAUGGAAAUGUAGUGUUUCAAACAGCAAGUACACGUGGGCUGGGAUUCAAAAUUGUAGUUGCAUGUAAUAACUGUGGAAAUGAAUAUAUUCCUUCCUGUUGAAAAUAUGAAAUCUGCUAUAAUGGCAACCUUUUAUCACUACGGCUCGAGUGAUGAAAAACCGAAUCAUGAUAUGUGUCCAAAAGGCGAAGAAUCUUGGUGCUCUUACCAGCGCGCUGAAGCAAGAGGAGAGCUUGAUACCUAUUCUCACGAUUAUUCUCCCUUACCUUCUGAUGUUUUAAAAGCUAUCAAGCCUAUAUACGAAGAUCUUAGUAGUGAAAAUUUACUUUCAAGAUGUGUAGGUGGAUUCAAUCAGAAUAAUAAUGAAAGCUUUAACCAACUAGUAUGGAAAAUAUGCCCAAAAACGGUAAAUACUAGUUUUACUAUCGUACAAAUAGCUGCAUACGUUGCUAUGUGUAUAUUUAAUGAGGGUAUAAAUUCAUUAUUAGUCUUGAUGAAUACACUAGGACUUAAUUGUGGGCCUAAUUCUCAUCGGUAUGCAGAAAGAAUGGAUGCUGCACGUAUCAAAGUAGCAGAUAAGCGCGCUAAUGAUAACGCCCGAGAAGGUCGAUUGCAACGUAGGCACCAGCAAAUCGAUAUUUUGGAAGCUGCUAUGACGGCUGAAGAGCUAUUAUAUGGUCCAGGAAUAGAUGACUCAGUAUGAAUCUCCAAGGACUUAUGAUGAUCACCGCAAAGGACUUCGGGAGGAACGGGCUCUACAAAAACAGCGAUAACUUUUUGAAUUAUUAAUUUUUUUUUUUGAAAUUUUCGUGAAGUCAAAUCGAAACGUGUUCUAAUAAAGCUAUGUUUUUAUUUUUGUCAAAUAAAGUAAUUAACUACAAAAAAAAAAUUAUUGAAAAUCAUCAUUUUUUCAGGCCUCUGAGUACCCCU